AUGCGCCAUUCAGUAUCAGAUUCCGACGUGGACGAGAAGCUUCUCUCCGAUGAGGAGGCCACUUGGCCGCGUGAGCAGAAGCAAAAUGAGAGCCUAUUCAAGAGAUGUGCAAAAUGGUUUCUUUUUGUUGCAGUCGCCGUAUUCUCCUGCUUAAUAGGUGUUGUUCUGGGACGUCAGCAGCACAAUCUGGAUAAGGCCUGCACUCGACAACUUACCCAAUACUCCCCCGUAAUCCCAGAAGUCGGGAUCGAAUACCACCAAGAACAGUUCAAUGGCUCGUUCCUCAAAGAAAACAUCUAUCGGCAAGAAGCAAGCCCUGAAGUAGAUGCUGCAUGGGAAGCUCUUGGUGUCAACUACAGAAGUCUUAGAGUCCCUGCAGAAGAGGCUCAAAAGUCGGGACUUGCUCCUGACCAAGUGAAGAUCAACGAAAAGUAUGGAGGAGGGUAUCCUGCAAACGUUGAGGGGUUGCAUCAUCUGCACUGUUUGAAUCUCCUCAGACAGUCCCUCUACUACAACUACGACUACUAUCAUGAGCAGGGCCAGGGUGCCUUCGUGAACAAUGAUCAUAUUGUCCGACGCCACGUGUCCCAUUGCCUAGACAUUAUACGACAGCAGCUCAUGUGCACCGUUGACAUCGGCGUCCUUGGCCAAGUUUGGGUCCACCCGGAGAACCCCGAGCCAUUCGUCGAUUUCAAUACGCAGCACAAGUGUCGAAACUUUGAAGCUAUCCGGCAAUGGGCAGAGCGCAAUCAGCUUCCUGAAACUGUGCCCCAGGACUUUCUGCAACCGCCAAAGAUCGAGGAUAGAGUGUAUAAUGAGAUUCCAUGA